CCCGUGUACAAGAAGUUUCAGGCCAAAGACACAUGCAGAAUGCAGUAGCACUGGGGAGUGUUACGUACUGCUUAACUGUUAAGGGAUGCUUCCAUGUUGUUGCCAUCAGAAUCUCAAAUCCCUAAUUACAGAACAUCGAAUCACUUCCCCCGCGCCACCCUCUUCGACGGCUGCAUCAAAAUUGAGCUUAUAGCCAUUAAUGCCCCUUUGGUUGCCUUCGUUACCGAGGGAUGUAUCGGUAUCUGCUAUCCUGUCCAGCGUGGCGGCGGCGGCGGCGGCCACUGCCGCAUCCUUCUUAAUCUACAAGUCUCACCUCCGCCUCCACAAAGAGAAUCUAACACUCCAUCAAGAGCAACCCAAACGCAAUCCUCGUGGCAAGAUCCUGUUCGUUUCGCGAAUCCGAUAUUCAACUGCAGAAGCCCUAGCGAAGCGCCUCUGCGAUUUGUUAGAGUCGAAAGACCUCGUUUUGGAGGUCGUAGAUGCUCGGACUUACGAUCCCGAAGACCUACCCAAGGAGAACCUCAUCCUCCUCCUUCAUUCAACUUCGCAUAUUUGGAACCAACCUCCCUUUCCGUACUCCCUUAAACGCAAAGGAGCAAAGGUCUUCGCCAGUUGGCUCGUGCAUAACGCGGAGAGCUCUGGGAUCGGAGCGGUUGUUGUGAAGGCUUGCAGUUUCACUGCAUUUGUCGUGGGCAAAAGGGAUGGGAAGAAUUUGAUGGCUAAGGCCGUCAAUCAUAUUAGGGAUUUGUAUCAUGUUCAAUACGAUUCUGAUUUUGAAAAGUGGUGGGGAAGUGUUGUUGCGGCGGUUUUGGGAGAUACAGUUGCUAAUGGCAGGGAAACUGAACCUGAGGUUGAUGUUGGUUGUUCUGAUCCAAAAAGUAUAUAUAUGUUGGUGGAAAAUGUGGAUGUAGUAGAUAGAAAAAGAACCUUCAGGCGCAGAAUGUUAAUUAUCUCUGAGGCGAAUGGAAGUGUUGAUCUUGAAGAUGGAGGUCCUGUAACUGCCCAAUGGCCUCUUGCAGAUGAUCUAAUAAUCAAUUCCAAAUUACCAACUUUUCAAGGAUUUUGUUCCCUUGGUGGCAACUUGUUCACUGCUGGUGGUAUCAUGUGUAAUAAUGGACCAAAAUUUGAAUUUGAGCUGGAAUCGGAACAUUUUUUCCCUGAAAAAAUGUGGUGCCUCAAGUACGAUGGUUCUACUUGGAUUUGGAGUUUAUGCGGAAGCAUGUUCUACUACCGGAUGAAUCCCAUAGUGGUCCCAUACCAUGGCAAAGUGUGCAUCUUUGGGGGUGACACUGAAGGUGGAUAUUGGGUUGAAAUUUACUAUCCAAAAUUAGAUUUAUGGGAAAAAAGGGAAGUGUCCAAAGAUACGUAUUUGUUUCAGAAUGCUAAAUCUUACUUUUUGUGGGAGGACAGAACGAAGCCUCAUAAGAAGACCUUCGUUGUGUUUUAUUGUUCUUUUGGUAAAAAACAGCGGUUCAUCUCAUAUGAUUUCGAGGCCAACCUUUGGAAAGUCCUUUGCUGGUGGGAGUUUCCGCCAAUUCGUGAUUCUUAUCCAAGGAAACUCAUUCGUUUGGCAUGCAGUGAUUAUUUACUCAUUGUUGACUCUGCAGCUAUGUGGUACAUUUAUGACUUUUCUAGGAAGAAACUCGUGGCAGAUGUGCACGUGAAUGGUUUGGAAGAUCUGACUGGACGGGUGUCAUAUGUUUUUUGUUGCCACUACAGCAGCGAGGAAAGUCUGAUUUAUCUCUUCAUGGAACUAAAUGAAAAAGUUGUUGAGGAACGUGGUGGUGAUCUUGACUCUGUUCCUUAUGCUAGAGUCAAGCUUCAAAUUGAUGGUAAAUUUUCUGCCAAGGUUGAAUCCAAGGGUAAUCUUAAAAUUGGUUCCUAUAGCAAACUCUAUAUGUUUGCUGUUGGUGAUCAAGACACUGAAUUAAAGAGAAGAUUGUAGCUUAGCUUAGUUUUGUGCAUCAUACUGGUGUGGUGGCCAUUAUAUUAAUAAGAAUAUGUUUUGUUGAAGAUAUAAGAUCAUAUAGGAAUUUUCUUCAAUGUUGAAUUAGAUAUGUACAAAUUACAAAAGUUGGCUCUGCUAAGAUUUUAGUGGGACAGAGCAAUGUAUCCAAUUAUGCAGGGGAGAAAAAAAGUUGAUGAUCGUUUUUGUUGAUGCAUUUAGACAAAUUUAAAAAACUCAUUCUCACAAAGAAAAGGAGGGAUGAAUGAAGGACAUUGAGUCAUCUUGUAAGAUGUCUAAGAAUAGAAGUUGCCUAAGGCCAUACCUGUUGUAAUUUCAACUCUGACGGUGAGUUAUAAGAUUAAGAUGUUU